AUGAGGCCGCCGCGCAUCGCCAUCCUCGCCCUCUUCCUCGCCGCCUCCAUCUUCAUCCUCGGCCGGGCCUUCACCUCGGCCAGCCGUCCACGUGCCUCGUCCUCGUACACCGCCGAAGCCCGAUCCACCAGGUCCGUCUUCGGCUUCAUGUACUACAACACGCCCUUUUCGCUCUUCCCGCCAAACGCCGCCAUCAGCUUGACCGACGACAACAGCACCUCCUUUGCCGCCCGGCCCGCCGCCUUUGGCCCGAAGCUGGCUGCCCACGGCUUGAGCGGCCAGCUCUGGGUCGGCAGUGGCUUUGCCGAAGACAGCCAGGACGGCGAUGGAGAGUUGGGUUGCAGCGACCUUCCCGGCUGGGGGAGCGGCAAUACGAGGGCAGCUCUCAGGAAUUCAUUUCGAGCCGACAUUCCCCGAACCGCCGCCUCCCAGCUCAAGUCCGGCCAUCCCAAGCGUGCCGGACUGCUACUCGACCCUGACCACAGGGAAGCCAUCACCCGACUUCGAACGAGAUCCGAUGUUGAAGGUGCCCAUGACUCGGAUGAAUUGGGCCAUGCCUCCGUCUCGCGGCGUGACACCGCCUCCUCCUCGGCCCACGCCGAUAUACAGUCCAUCCAAGAAGCCGCCGAGAUACAGGGCAAGGUGGUGCUCCUCAUGCGCGGUGGCUGCGGCUUCUUGGAAAAGGUCAUGUGGGCUCAGCGACGAGGAGCCAUAGCCGUCAUUGUCGGCGACAACCAAAAGGGUGGGCCCCUCAUUCAGAUGUUUGCGCACGGCGACGAGGUCGACAACGUGACGGUUCCAUCCGUAUUCACUGCCCGGACUACGGCGCACUUGCUGUCGUCUUUGACCCAGCCGGGGAGCUUUAUCGAGGAUACGCUCGACGACAGUGGGAACCCCGUGCGCAAGGUACAACAGGGCCCCAAGAGCCGGCAGGACGCCAAGAAGCGAACAUUGGUUCCUGGCAGAACAGCAGCCCUUCGUGGCGCCGCACCUCCCAGUUCGGGAGUCAAGCGGGGCCUCAGUGAUACGACGGACAAGCCUACACCAAACGCGCUUCGAAAGCGCAGCUGGCUGGCGAGAAUGUUUGGCUGGCGUCAGUCGCCUCUCACCAGCGAUGACGAGAGCCGACCACCCAGCAGCGGACGCCUUGACUGGCCUUCAACUGGGAGCUCCACUGAGGAGGCGGGCAAGGGCAGUCUGAGCAAAUCAACGAAGUCCAAAACAUCUAAUGAUGGCUUCGUCAUCGGUGUGCAGGACUGGCGGGACCCAGAUCUCGUAGGCAGGUCGCCCAAGAAGAAGGGCACAGCCGCCGCCGCCGCGAAGGCCGACCAAAAGACGCCGCCGAGUAGCAAGAAGCACGAGGGGUCGAGCAAAAGCGCCCCCGAGGCCAACGGCCCCAAGGGCGGGAGCAUUACGCCAGGAAGCGGCGAGUACAAUCCGAGCAAAGCGACGCCCAAGGAUGGCAAAGAGACCGCGACCAAAGCUGACGGCAAGGGCCACGGUCUCAUUUCGAAGCUUUUUGGUGAUGAAGACGGUGCCGCCGCUGCUGUCGACGGCGCCAGCGAAAAGCAUUCCCACGACGCUGAGAGUCAGAGUGUUCCCAACCACAAUCACGACUUUGAGACACACGAGGGGCUAUGGGUCACCAUAACCCCUACGAGCAGCGCAAGCCCCUUCUUCGAUACCCUGCUCGUGCUCGUCAUCAGCCCACUAGUCACCUUGACCGUUGUGUACGCGCUCUUGAUUGUUCGUGCCAGGAUCCGGAGACGGAGAUGGCGAGCGCCCAAGUCGGUCGUCGACCGUCUCCCUGUUCGGACGUAUCACACGGUAGCACCGUCGCCCAGCUUGUCCCCGAGACUCCCAUCCCCCUCCAGCGCAAGCCCCACGACGCCUUUGCUUCAGCACAGCCCCGCAAGACCGCGGCCGCGCUCGAGAACGACGACUGGGGUCUUGCAGAGCGAGAACUUCCUGGUCCCGAGCGCCGCCGUGCCGACGCCUCAGGCCCCUGUGCGAAACGGCGCUCGAGCCGAGCACGAAAAGGGCUCCGCGGGCUUCUCUGCCGAGUGGAGGAAGUACAUGGGCAGACAGGUAGAGUGCGUCGUGUGCCUGGAGGAGUACGUCGAUGGCGUGAGCAGGGUAAUGAGCUUGCCCUGUGGCCACGAAUUUCACGCCGACUGCAUAACUCCCUGGUUAACUACUCGCCGCCGAACAUGUCCCAUUUGCAAGGGAGACGUGGUCCGAUCCCUGGCUCGCAGCGGCCGCGACAGCUCACGGUACGAGCCGUAUCACGACGGGCCUGACGAUGAUGUCGAAGCCGAGGCUUCGAACUCUCGUCCGAUUGAGGGGUCCUCGGAUCCCGAGCGAGGCAUCCUAUCCCCGAGAGGUCGUGGCACGCCUCAGUCAGGACGGCAGGAGGGGUGGCUUGGGCUGCUAUCGAAUAGUUUCGGCUCCAGAACCAGGCAUCGGUCUCAAACCCCCCCGGCAGAGGAUCGCAACCGAUGA